AUGCGUGUUAGAGCCGUGGCCGAAGGCGUGGACGAGAGAGUCUACGCACAUAAGUUAAGGUUCUUGACGUUUGAUGAAAGCUGGAAAUUGUUUGAACAAAGAGCAUUCGGGAACAUGCAACGGGUUGAUGAAGAUCUGCAGAAGAUUGGAAAAGAAAUGGUUCAAAAAUGCGGUGGAUUACCGCUUGCUAUAGUCGUUCUUGCGGGGCUUUUGUCUCGAAUGAGGAAAAACGAGUGGCAUGAGAUGUGCACCAGUUUAUGGCGACGCCUGAAGGAUAAUUCCAUUCAUGUCUCCACUAGUGUAUUUGAUUUAAGAUUCAAGGAGAUGCGACAAGAGUUGAAACUUUGCUUUCUUUACCUCAGUGUCUUCCCAGAGGACUAUGAGAUCAAUGUAAAGGAUUUGAUACGAUUGCUUGUAGCAGAAGGGUUUAUACAAAAGGAUGAAGAGAUGACGAUGGAAGACUUGGCUCGGUAUUAUAUCGAAGAGUUGAUAGACAGAAGCUUAGUGAAAGCCGAAAAAAUAGAAAGAAGGAAGGUGAUGUCUUGUAGAAUCCAUGAUCUACUGAGGGAUGUGGCCAUUAAGAAAGCGAAAGAGCUCAACUUUGUAAAUGUUUAUAACGACCAGCAUUCUUCAACAAGUUGCAGAAGAGAAGUGUCUCACCAUCUUAUAAACAACCGCUACUUGUGCGACAGACGUGUGAACAAAGGAUUACGGUCCUUGUUGUUCUUCGGACAAGGGCCAGGAAUUUCAGGGGGUUAUGUUGAAACAUUUACCUUGAAGCUGAAGCUACUUCGUGUGCUUAAUCUUGGAGGGCUUAUGUUUCUUUUUCAUGGAGAGUUCCACUUUAGUUUACCAGCUGUGAUCGGGGAGUUAAUCCACUUGAGGUACCUUGGGGUCGCUGAUACUGGUCUCAACAAUUUACCAGCUUUUAUCUCCAAUUUACGGUUCUUGCAAACACUAGAUGCUGGGGGCAAGCAGUCCUUGGACUUCGAGAGAACGACCGAUCUAAGUAAGCUGACAUCACUCAGGCAUGUAAUCGGCAAAUUCGUGGGAGAAUUGCUAAUAGGAGACGCAGGAAACCUUCAGACCUUGAGGUCUAUCUCCUCAUACAGCUGGAGCAAACUCAAACAUGAGUCACUUAAAAAUCUUCGGGACUUGGAGAUCUACGACCAAUAUUCCACGUGGGAACACCAGAAAAUAUUUCCUUUGGACUUGGUUUCCUUGUCUAAACUGACAAAUCUUCGUGUCCUCAAGUUGGAGGUGAAGAUCUUCAACUUAUUAUUGUCGGAAUCGGAAGAAGCAGUUAGGUUCCAAUUCCUAGUUGAGUUGACACUGCAUUGUGACAUAAGGAAACUUCCCAAAGACAUGGAUUUGAUCUUUCCCAGUCUUGAAAUGUUUAGGCUGCAGGGAUCAAAGCUCGAGGAAGAUCCCAUGCUUGUUUUGCAGAAAUUGCCAAGACUAGAAGAUCUGGUCCUCGAAUAUUGUCACCAGAUCUGGUCGGCUGAGGAAGCUUGA